UCUUGAAAGAAAUCAUGUGACCUCGGAUGCGAAGCAGAUAACUUCAGCUCAUCCCUUUCUCUGCCUGAGAUUCAGGAGGCAUGUGACAAAACAGCUUUUCAACAGCACGCGUACAGCGCAGCUGGAGGGCUGCAGCCAUGAGCUUUCACAUCAGGCUGGACGAUGAAAAUGGCGUUUUCCCCUGACUGUUUCUGAAGAGCAGCGCUCAAGAAAUUUCCUCUCAGGAAGCUGUACAAAUAGGUGGAGAGCAAGUGCAUUGCAGCCUCUGAGCGCCAGAGCCCCAGAGAGAAUUGGAGCACCUGUUCUGCAGAGCUGCACCCCUUGUUGUGCAGUUCUCCUUCCAAAAAGGGGCUGCUUUCUCUUAAAAAAGAAUCUCCUAAAGGUACUCUUGUAGAAAAAAUCUCGGUAUUGCUGAAGCAGAAUGAAAAAACAGGAGUGCUAGGAUGAGUCCAGGAGCCCAGAGGGGUAUAAUCCUCAUCACUGAAGGAACAACACAGGAAAUGUGUGUGACGCUAAUAGCCGAGAGAAACAUGCUUCAUAUCUGCAGCAAUUAAAACUUGGGCAGCAUCGUUGGAACCAUGGGGUGCAACAGUUCUGUAGCUUACAGAAGGUCAGAGAAAGAUUACACCGCAUCCAUGUGUACUCCCUUGUUUUCUGUUUUGACAGCCAUUAGAGCUGCUAUCCUCAUCCAGAACUGGUACCGCUUUACAAAGGCCCGGCUAGAGACAAGGCGCCGCUAUUCUCUGAGUAUCUUUCAGUCAAUCGAAUAUGCUGAUGAGCAAGAUCAACUCCAGCUAGCCAACUUUUUUACAUUCAUGCUGGAUCACUGUACUCAUCCUGAUUCAGUUUCUCACAUUCUCACCAGCCCUGGUGUUUCUCAGGUUGUGGAUGAAGGCUUAUCUUUGACAGAAUUUGAAAAUAAAAUUGAUGUUCCAGACUCCUAUUAUGGACCACGACUCUCAUUCCCCCUUACUGUUGAAGAUGCCAAUGCUCUUCUGCAUGCUUUCAGGAAUGAACAGCUGCUUCAUGCUCGCUAUGUACUGCAGCUGCUAUGUGAAACUAGGAGGGUUCUCAAGGAGAUGCCAAAUAUCACCCAUCUUUCAACUUCCUACUCCAAGGAGAUAACUGUCUGUGGAGAUUUGCAUGGAAACCUGGAUGAUCUUUUGCUGAUAUUCUAUAAGAACGGUCUGCCUUCAGAACAAAACCCUUAUGUCUUUAAUGGUGAUUUUGUUGACAGAGGGAAAAAUUCUAUGGAAAUACUUAUAAUCCUGUUUGCAUUUCUUCUUAUCUACCCCAAUGAUUUACACUUGAAUAGAGGAAACCAUGAAGACUACAUCAUGAACCUGAGAUAUGGCUUCACAAAAGAAGUUUCAAAGAAGUACAAGGACCACGGCAAACUGAUUUUGUGUCUUCUGCGAGACGUCUUUAGUUGGCUUCCCCUCGCCACUAUAAUUGAUAGCAAAGUUCUCAUCCUACAUGGAGGGAUUUCAGACACCACAGAUUUGGAUUUCCUGAAUGCACUUGAGAGAAGUAAGUUGAAAUCUUUGAUGCGGCCACCAAAGUCAGUGAGAGACAGACAGGACCAACUGAAGGAGAGAAUUCCCACAACCAGACUCAGUAAACACAUUGCAAACCAGAAUGUUGCAGGGAAAACACAACACAUCUCUUCAUCGGGCUCCACUGAGCCUUCGGGAUCAAAUUUGCCUCAGGACCCCGCCCUGAAGGAGUGGAAACAGAUGCUUGACAUUCUCUGGAGUGAUCCAAGAAGCCAAAAUGGCUGUACACCAAACAAGUCUCGAGGAGGAGGUUGUUACUUUGGUCCUGAUGUCACUGCCAAGCUGUUUGAAAGGUAUAAUCUGAAGAUGCUCAUCCGGUCUCAUGAAUUCAAGCCGGAAGGUUAUGAGAUCAGUCACGAUGGGAAGGUUAUCACUAUAUUUUCUGCCUCUAACUAUUAUGAAGAAGGGAGCAACCGGGGAGCGUACAUCAAACUGAACCCUGAACUGAUUCCUCGGUUCGUACAGUAUCAAGUCAGCAAGUACACACGCAGGCAGAAUCUUCAGGAGAGGGUGGGUACAAUUGAAUCAUCUGCCUUAAAGUCCUUACGAGAGAAGAUCUAUGCUUACAGGUCUGAACUCACUAGUGCUUUUGCACAGUAUGACCUCAACAACACAGGCAGGAUUUCUGUCAGUGACUGGGCCGUGGCCAUGGAGUCUGUCCUACAGCUGGAACUGCCCUGGAGGAUGCUGCGCGCACAGUUAGUGCAGAUGACCCCAAAUGGAGAAGUUGACUACAUGUCAUGUUUCUAUGACUUGAAAAUAGGUCAACCUACAAAACAGGUUCAGCCAGCUUUGGUGGAAACACUGUGCAGAUACAGAAAGGAUCUGGAGAUCAUCUUUAACAUCAUUGACAAGGAUCACUCAGGUCUGAUUUCUCUUGAGGAGUUCGGCCAGACAUGGAAACUCUUUGCUUCUCACCUGGGCAUUGACAUGUGUGAUGAAUCCCUUGACAAGUUAGUCCUCAGCAUAGACUACAACAAAGAUGGCCACAUUGACUUCAAUGAAUUUUUAGAGGCCUUUCAUGUGGUUCACAGACUAGAGAAGAAGGCAAACUCCUGAAGAGGCAGAACUUCUUGGGGACUGUCUUGGAAGCUCACCUUCCUGGUACAAGUCAUAUGUGGUCUGGGAAACCAAGCUCCAGACUGGCAAACAAUAAAUGGGCUGCUUGAUCUAGUAAGCACUGCGCUCACUGUGUAAGCCUUUAUUUAGUCCCUUCUGGAUGAUAUACACCUGCUAGGAACAAGACAGAGAGAUGAAAACCCACUACUUCUGGUGUGUCUGUGUCACAGCCACAUCAGUACCUCCCCAUUUAUCCUUCCUUUGGUGGCAUUUCCCCCAAGGAUGCACCUACAACCCUGUGGGAAGAGAAACAUGGGGAUGUUUCUUCCAGCAGCCCUUGGCGACAGCUGAGGCAGAGCAGUUGACAACCACAAGGAACAUAUCGGACCCUCCCUGGCGACAGAACAGGCCGCCUGUGGACUACCCGAUCCGGGAGAGGAAAACAGGGAAGAACAAUCUAGUUAAAAUAGGUAGUUCUGCAUUUAAUCUUGCUCUUGGCAUGAUGCAAUGAAACUAAAGCAUUCCAGGUCACUCUCUAUCCUCUGUGAAGUUUACAGACACAACUUAGAACAGUGUUUACACUUGCACUUGAUUUCCCCUUGCCACUGGUUGCUUUUCCCUACAUUUGUUGGGGUUUGGAGCUAAGAAACAGUUUAACUCGUCACCUUAACAAAGGCUAAAUCCAUAGCAUGUUAAUGUAACAUACAGUAGAUCACAAAAUAAAGCUUUGGCUUUCAUGGUAA